AUGCAUUUGCUCGGGACUUUAAUCAUAUCGCUGUGUGCGGUCAAAGCACACGCGGCGACUCCAACGACAAGUGCUGCUCCGAGCUCGAUCACAGGAUGUCAUGUCCACGGAACCGACGUCUUCUGUUUCAAUCAGCAAGGUGAAGAAGUCUUGGUGCAAGUAGCUUCUGUUCCUGCUAGUGGGCCGCCAGCACAAUACACAGACUGCCAUGAGCAUGGCGACAAUAUGUUUUGCGUGGAUGAACAGGGCGAUGAUGUACUUGUCACAAAAGAAAAUGCGACAAGCUCGUCAGAAGGAGAUGGGGACCAUGAGGGGCAUGAUCACGAUAGCGAACAUGAGCACGAGCACGAGCAUAAUGAUGAGGAAACCCAUCAACACGAAGAGGGCAGUGAUCAUCAACAUGAUACAUCAGCCGGAAGCGAGGCAACGGGAAAGAAAAACUGUCACUUUCAUGCCGGAGUAGAGCAUUGUGUGGGUGCUGGGUCCGAAGAGACUCACCAAUCCUGUUCCAUUCAAACUCGAGACUACGAUGUGCCUCUUCGAAUCGGAACGCUAUUUGCUGUCCUCAUCACGAGUGCCAUUGGUGUCUUCGCCCCAAUUCUGCUGUCAAGGUUACCUUCUGCAUCAGUCAAUGCCGUCGUCUCAACCAUCAUCAAGCAGUUUGGAACCGGAAUUAUCAUUGCAACCGCAUUCGUCCAUCUUUACACUCACUCAUCACUCAUGUUCUCCAACGAGUGUCUCGGUGAGCUCGGCUACGAAGCCACGACCUCUGCCAUUGUCAUGGCCGGAAUCUUCCUGGCAUUCCUCGUGGAGUACUUCGGUUAUCGGAUCACGAGAAACCGAGAAUCCAAUGUCCACGUCGUGCCAACAGAGUCGGAUAAGUCUCAGUCCAAGGACGAUUCCUCUCGUGGGCCUGAAGCUCCUCACUCCCAGGAAUCAGGGCUGUUCCGUCUGGGACACAGCCACGGAUGCUCUAGCCAUCCGACCCGACCACCCACCAAGUUCUCCGUUCUCGUCAUGGAAGCGGGUGUCUUGUUCCACAGUAUCUUGAUCGGCCUGACUCUGGUAGUUGCCGGCGACUCCUUCUACAAGACCCUGCUGGUGGUGAUUAUCUUCCACCAAUUUUUCGAAGGACUCGCGCUGGGCGCUCGCAUCGCGACACUGCCCGGUCCCAUCUUCCCAUCCAAGGCCAUCAUGGCCGCGGCAUUUGCUCUGAUAACCCCUAUUGGAAUGGCGAUCGGGUUGGGUGUCCUGCACUCGUUCAAUGGCAAUGCCAAGGGAACGCUGAUUGCACUCGGAACCUUGGAUGCUCUCUCGGCGGGUAUCCUUGUUUGGGUGGGCGUGGUCGACAUGUGGGCUCGCGACUGGGUGAUUGAAGGUGGAGAAAUGCUCAAUGCAUCUUUGAGCAAAGUCCUCACAGGAGGGGCGGCUUUCGUGACGGGGUUGAUCCUGAUGGGUCUUCUUGGCAAAUGGGCCUGA